AUGUUGUUCGAACUCGUUCUCGCUGUCACAUGCCUUGCUUGGAGAGUCUGGUCGGCUCCAGCUCGAUUGGAGGAGAGGCAAGCGCCUGAUGGGGUCCCGGACUAUGUCUUGAAGUACGCACCAAUCGUCUACCUGCACUCUGCAGACCCAUACAUGCCUUCGGACCUGCAGACGCACAUCUCGCAUACCACGCCGCGCGUAAACUUCAACGCUGUCUCGGCGCCGAAUCCCCUUGACCUCAACAGCCUGAAUCAGCUUGGAAGCGAUGUGUAUCUCACGUCGAAUGACGACGUCACCAAGAACCCGCAAUGGAUCAAGGGCGUAAAGCCCGAUGCGAAUGGAAAGACGAACAACGCCAUCACCGCAGCAGUCAUCGUGAAUGACAAGGGAAAUGGCAACGUCGACGCGUUCUACAUGUACUUUUACACCUACAACUGGGGCGGCACUGUCCUCGGGAUUCCCCAGUUGAACUUCGGCAACCACGUCGGCGACUGGGAGCACAACAUGAUCCGCUUCUCCAACGGACAGCCCCAAUCUGUCUGGUACUCGCAACACGCCAACGGCCAAGCCUUCAAAUACUCUGUCACCCAGAAACAGGACUCUUUCCGCCCCAUCGCCUACUCCUCCAACGGCUCGCACGCCAACUACGCCAUCCCGGGCACCCACGACCACACGAUCCCUAACUUCAACCUCCCCGGCGGCGUCCUCGAAGAUCACACCGAGAAGGGCAUCCUCUGGGACCCGCUGCUCGCAGCCUACUACUACAAGUACGACGCCGGCGCGAACAAGUUUACGCCGUAUGAUGCGAAUACGCCGGUGAAUUGGCUGAGUUUUGGCGGGAGGUGGGGCGACCAGGAGUAUCCGACGAGCGAUAAGAGGCAGGUGAAGCUUUUUGGGCAGGCGAAGUAUAGUAGUGGACCCACAGGGCCCGCUGACAAACAGCUUAAUAGGAAUAAUGUCUGCCCAGAUAAUGGGAAGGAUUGUAUUUUGAGGAGUAUUUUGGUGCCGAGGAGGAGGGAUACGGAUGGGGUUAUCUUUGAGGGGGAUGAGGUGCAGAGAUGA